AUGUCAGCAUCUAACAGUAACCAGACUAGUGUGAGACAUGAUAGCAGUGUGCCAGACCUUCCAGUCGCAGCCAUCGUUUGUCUUUCGGUUGGAGGCUACGUUAUUUUGGUCAUGAUUUUCCUUAGCAUCAGACGUCUGUUGGUGUCCAAAGGAAUGCUGGAUUCAAGAUGCUGUUGUCCAGAAAACUUACCUGUGUGCUGUGCCUGUGAAAAGAUUAAGGAGGUGUGCCGAUCCUGCUGUGGCAGCUGUUGUAAGGAAGGAUGUUUGAAAACCAUGUGUGGGAUAGACAAGCCAUGCACGGGUCUGUGCCAAAGAUGCCUUUACUGUUGCCGUCAUCCAGCUGAUUGCUGCUCAUGUGAUUCUGACUGUCCACCUUGUUUUGGCACUGACAUUGAUCCAAAUUCCUGUGGUUGUUUGUGCUUGGAGAUUAAACUUCGUACAGCACACAGGAGCUCUUCAGUCCCACCCGGGGAAAUCCCAAACCAAAAUAUUAAUACUGAUGUUUCACUGAAGGACACUAAUAAUCUGGAGAAUAUGUACCACACAGGGCAAUUAAAUGGAAGUAUUGUAGACAGAACUUUAGAAGAAAGUAAGGUAGCAAAUGGCAGCGCCAGAGAUAGUCGACAGUCUGCAUCUCACAGCCCAACAAAGGUAGCAACUCAUUUCCAUCAAAUGCUACCAGGCAAAUCAAAUGGUUUUAAUGUAUCAAAGACUGAAGGUCAGAAUUCUGUCCAUGUCAACUUCAAUGCAGAAAUAGAUGAAUCACUUGCCAGACAUGAAUUCCAGCAACAUUUAUUUUCUGCUGCAGUUUUGUCAAGUAGUGCUCCAGGAGAUUUGUUUGCUAGAUCAUCAGUUAACAAGGCAGGCGCUACAGAAAUAGAACCCAGUCGUAAAUCUAAAUCAAGAUCACGAAGAAUAAUACGUCCUGGCCAAAUAUCCCAGCGUUUUCCUAACAAGAUUUUAGUAACUUCUGAAUCGCUUGACUUUUCCAGCUUGGAAAAAAGAACGGAUAUCAUUUCUGAGGUAUUGUUCAUUCCAAAUAACCAGGAAUCUUUGUCGCAUGUAGCAACCCAGUAUGAUGAUGUGAAUCUUCACCGCCCCUUGCCUCACCUAAAAAGAACUGUUUGA